AUGUCAAUGGGUGGUGAUACAGGUUACACGUUGAUCUAUGAGCCCAAUGCGGCUUCUAAAGUAUCAGUGAAUGAAUUCAAGACUUUAUUGGAAAAGGGAAAAGAUGAAGUUAAGAUUGAUACCAUGAAGAAGAUUUUAAUCACAAUUCUUAAUGGAGAUCCAAUGCCUGAUUUAUUAAUGCAUAUCAUUAGAUUCAUUAUGCCAUCAAGAAACAAGGAAUUGAAGAAGUUGUUGUAUUUCUAUUGGGAAGUUUGUCCUAAAAUGGAUGAAACUGGUAAAAUGAGACAUGAAAUGAUUCUAGUUUGUAAUGCAAUUCAACGUGAUUUACAACAUCCUAAUGAAUAUAUUAGAGGUAAUACUUUAAGAUAUUUGACUAAAUUGAAAGAACCAGAAUUAUUAGAAACUUUGGUUCCAAAUGUUAGACAAUGUCUCGAACAUCGUCAUGCUUAUGUUAGAAAGAAUGCUGUAUUUGCUCUUUAUUCAAUUUAUAAGGUUUCUGAUCAUUUAGUUCCAGAUGCUGAUGAAUUGAUUUAUAGGUUCUUAUAUGAUGAAGCAGAUUCAGUAUGUAAGAGAAAUGCAUUUGUUUGUUUAACUGAUUUGAAUAGAGAUGCUGCUUUACAAUAUAUCCAAGACAACAUCUCGGUGAUUGAAACAUUAGAUCCAUUAUUACAAUUAGCUUUUAUUGACUUUAUUAGAAGAGAUGCUCUCAAAUCUCCAUCAUUGAAUCAGCAAUAUGCUCAAUUGGUUACCGAAAUUAUCGAAAGUUCGUCUUCAAAUGUUGUUACAUAUGAAGCUGCUAAUACAUUAACUGUCUUAAGUUCGGAUCCACAAUCUAUUCUCUUGGCAGGUAAUAAAUUUGUUGAUUUGGCUACCAAAGAAGCUAAUAACAAUGUCAAAAUUAUCACUUUGGAUAGAAUCAAAGAUUUAAAUAAACAAAAUCCAGGUGUUUUACAAGAAUUAUCUUUAGAAAUCUUACGAGUCUUAUCAACUCAAGAUAUGGAUGUUAGAAAGAAGGCGCUUUCAGUUAUUCUUCAAUUUAUCUCCAGUAGAAAUGUUGAAGAUGUUAUCAAAUUAUUAAAGAAGGAAUUGCAAGCAACUUCUCAAACCAAUGAAGAAAAAGCAGCCGAAUAUAGACAAUUGUUAAUCAAUGCUAUCCAUCAAAUGGCUAUUAAGUUUGUAGAAGUGGCAGCUGAUGUUAUUGACUUAUUAUUAGAUUCAAUUGCUGAAUUAAAUACUACUGCCGCAUAUGAAGUCAUAACUUUUGUUAAAGAAGUUGUUGAAAAGUUCCCUGAUUUAAGACCAGAUAUUUUGAGAAGAUUAAUUUCUGCAUUGCCUCAUGUCAGAAGUGGGAAAGUGUUUAGAGGUGCUCUUUGGAUCAUUGGUGAAUAUGCAUGGGAAGAGCCAGUGAUUCAAGAAUCUUGGAAAUUUAUUAGAGCAAGUGUCGGAGAAGUUCCUAUUUUGGCUAGUGAAAGAAAGGCAGAAUCCGCGGCUCCCGAAGACGAAGAAGAAUCAGGACAUGUGAAGAGAAAGAAGGGGCCAGUUAUUUUGCCUGACGGAACUUAUGCUACUGAAUCUGCAUUAACUGCUGAGAUUUCUACUAAUGAAGAUGACGAAACUAAGAGUCCGAUUAGAAAACAAAUUCUUGGUGGCGAUUUCUAUUUAGGUGCGGUACUUUCGUCUACUUUGGUUAAGUUGAUUCUUCGUUUACAAAAAUUGUCUACUCCUGCUAGAGUAUUGAAUGGAUUGAAGGCUGAAGCUUUAUUAAUCAUGGUUUCUAUUUUAAGAGUUGGUGAAUCUAGUAUUGUUUCCAAAAAGAUCGAUGAAGAUUCUGCUGAUAGAAUCUUAACGUAUAUCAAGAUCUUAAAUGAUGAGGAAGAUGCAUCUAUUAUUCAAUCAGGUUUCCUUGAAGAUACAAAAGAUGCAUUUAAGGCACAAAUCGAAACCGCAGAAAAUAAAAAGGCAGAAGCAUUGGCUAAAGAUUUCCAUGAAAAUGCUGAACAAGUGGAUGAUUCUAUUGUGUUUAGACAACUUGAUAAAGAUAAUAGAAAACUGGGAGCUGUUGAAGAUGAUGUGGUUGCUGUGGCUGGAAGUGCAGAUGUUAAGAAAGAUAAUUUAUCAUCUAGAUUAAAUAAGAUUAUUCCAUUAACUGGGUUCUCAGAUCCAAUUUAUGCCGAAGCAUUUGUUAAGGUUCAUCAAUAUGAUGUUGUUUUGGAUGUCUUGUUGGUAAAUCAAACUACAAAUACUUUAAGAAACUUAUCAGUCGAAUUUGCCACUCUUGGAGAUUUGAAAGUUGUUGAUAAACCAACUACUGCCAAUAUUGGACCUCAUGGUUUCUAUAAAGUACAAACUACAAUCAAAGUUACUUCAGCCGAUACUGGUGUUAUCUUUGGUAAUAUUGUAUAUGAUGGUCAACAUUCUAAUGAAUCUACAAUUGUCAUUUUGAAUGAUGUUCAUGUGGAUAUCAUGGAUUAUAUCAAACCAGCAACUUGUUCCGAAAGUCAAUUCCGUAAGAUGUGGAAUGAAUUUGAAUGGGAAAAUAAAAUCACUAUCAAAUCUCCAAUUGAUUCUCUUAAGGAAUAUAUGGAUGAAUUGAUGAAGGGUACAAAUAUGAAUUGUUUAACUCCAGGAGCAGUGAUUGGUGAAGAAUGUCAAUUCUUGUCUGCUAAUUUAUAUUCUCGUUCUACAUUUGGUGAAGAUGCUUUAGCAAACUUGUGUAUUGAGAAACAAACUGAUGGUCCAAUUAUUGGUCAUGUUAGAAUAAGGUCAAAGGGACAAGGUUUAGCAUUAUCUUUGGGUGAUAGAGUUGCGUCAAUUUCUAGAAAAAACAAAAUAGCUCAAAUUACUCAUGUCUAG